AUGAAUAGUAAUAGUGGUUGGCGAAAAGGGACAAAGGAUGGUGAAAUAAAUUUAGUACCAGAAAUGAAGUCAUUGGGAAUUUGGGAUGAAUUAGUGGCAGCUAAAAGUCACAUUUUAUUUCACGCAGAAAGUUUAUUGUACAAAGUAAAUAAUAAUGCAGCAGAGUCGUAUAACUCCAUUUUGGCAAAAUGUAUCGGUGGUAAAAGGGUAAAUUUUUCAAUGCGUGGAUCAUAUAGUUUACGAUGUAAUGCCGCGGUGACAUCGUACAAUGAGGGCCCUAGACGUUUGUACUCAUUACAUAAAAAAAUUGCUAAGCGUAGUCCUGGAAUAUUUACUAAAAAGUAUAUAUCAAAAACUAUUUUUAAAAGUGAAUCCAGAAGUAAACGACGUCUCUUUCAUCCUCCUGUCUAUAAUAAAACAGUAAAUGGACCAGAUGAACAUUAUGGAGCUACGGCGGAUUUAACUACUUCUCCAGAUAUGUCUAAAGAAGAAUUUGAAAUUAAAAAAGGUAUUUUUUUAUCUCGUUUGAAGCUAACCGGAGAACAAAUAGAGCAAAUUGAAAAAGAUACACGGCGGCAAAAUGAAUGCACGGAGUGGCAUCUGCACAGGAAAAAAAGAUUAACAGCUUCUUAUUUCGGUAAAAUAUGCAAACUUAGAGUUACAACAUCACGAGCUAAAACUGUUUCGAAUAUUUUGUACGGUUCAUUUAGUGGAAAUAAUGCAACAAAAUAUGGAACACAAAACGAAGAAAACGCUAAAUCUGCAUUAGCUGGAAUAUUAAAUAAAACAAUUGUACCGUCGGGAUUAAUUAUUGAUAAAGAUUUGCCGUUUUUAGCUGCUUCUCCAGAUGGUCUGAUUGAUGGAGAUUCACUGGUUGAAAUCAAGUGUCCAAUAACUUCUAAAGAACUAACUCCUGAAGACGGUAUAUCAAGAAAAAAAAUUUCAAGUUGUGAAAUAGUGAAUGGGAAGCUUCGAUUGAAACGUACGGAUACAUUUUAUUACCAAGUACAAGGUCAACUUCAUAUUUCAAAGAGAAAAUUUUGUUAUUUUUGUAUUUGGACACCUCGAGGUAUGCUGUAUGAAAAAAUUAAAAGAGACGACAAUUUUUGGUCAGAAAAAAUGUUACAUCAAUUAACUAACUUCUACUAUCACUGUUUAUUGCCAGAAAUGGUUGAUUCUCGAUUUGAUAGAAAUUUACCUAUUAGGGAUGGACUUGCAUCAGAAAACAAAGAUAGCUCCUAGUUGGUAAAUUAUUAC